AUGUCACCAGCGUAUUUUGGAAGAAUGCGUGAAUUCAUUUUGUCGCGUAAUGGCUAAAGCUAACUUCCACUUGCUAGCUGUCCGACCCGCGUGCGUUCAGUGUCGGUCUUUUCACCUUCUAUUCCCGUCCGAAGACAUUCGGACCGUCAGCGGGGCUUAGUGUGUCUAAAAAAGGUCCACUGCUCUAAGUAGUCUGGUCCGCUGCGUACUGUACUCACGGUAGCAGCCAUUUGAUAAGCUGAGUAGUGGCCGAGGGGGGAAACAGAUGCUACCGGAUACACGAGACGGUAUCGAGCACCGGACAACCGGCAGCUGGCCUUUCCAUGUUCGGUGAAACAGGAUGGUGGAGUAAUGAGACCGAGACUCUAAAGGAGGGCAGAGGAGCACACUGGAAGACAAGUCGGAAGCGAGGCAAGCAUGCUUGAGUCAAAUACGGACACGGGAGGUGCAGCGCUGGCACCUGACGGGGAUGCCGGGAUGGAGGGCGGAGACCUGAGAGCAGAGGUGGUCCGUCUGACUCUGGAGCUCCAGGAGGCCACAGAGGAGAAGCUGCAGGCCGCCCGCUACGGCCUAGUAGUGCUAGAGGAGAGUUCGGCUCUCAAGGUCAAAAAUCAGCAGUUAGAAGAGGAGCAUGAAGCCCUCAAAGCGGAGUUGCAGCACCUCAAAGAGGCGUUUGCAGAUUCUGUGAGUAGCCAGAAGCGUGCAGUCGCUGAUGGAGAAUGCCGAGAGGAAUGUCUGCUACAGGAGACGGCAUCUAAGGAGGCUGCCAUGGCAACCCGCUUGGAAGAAGUCCAGGGAGAACUAAAGCAAGCACGACUUGCUCUGGGCAAUUCUAACGCAGAGAUUGACAGACUUGGGGUUGUCUCAACUCAGCUAAAGAAGGACUGUGAGUGUCUGGAGGCAGAGAAAGGGCACUUGAGAGAUGAAAUGAAGGAAUUUAAAGUGCGUGAGCUGCGCCAGUUGCAGGACAAUGGUGAGCUGGAAGAAGAGAACAUAUCUCUUCAAAAACAAGUGUCUGGGCUCAAGGAAAACCAGGUGGAGUUUGAAUCAUUAAAGCUUGAGCUGAACCAAAAGAACGAGGAGCAGGAGGAGCUGAGGGCUCAGAUGGAGGAGGCCGCCAGGCUGCGUGAGAUUGCAGAGCGACAGUUGGAUGAGGUCUUGGAGUCCUUGAAAGAGGAGAGGGAGCAAAAAAACUGUCUUCGUCGGGAACUUUCUGCAUUGACCCUGAACCCCUUUGACUCUGUGGGCAACCUGGAGCUCCACUUGGACCAGCUCGAUGACAGCCAGGAGGAGGGCCGGACCGGAGAGGGUGACGUUCAGGGAAAUAACCAGGACAGUGGUGUUAGCAACGCCUCUGAUUCGGCUCACCCUGCUCACAUGGGAGGCUCCAAGAGUAAUGGUGUCAUGCAACGUUACUCCACUCCACGGAACAGUGACAUAUUCCUGCGUGCUCCAGCCUCUGGGCUUGUGUCGGACCUCUUGAGUGAGCUCCACUUUUCAGACAGCCAGAAACUUAAGCAGCAACUCCUACAGGCAGAAAGAGAAAAGUCGAGUCUCAUCAGCAAGGUGGAGGAAUUGCAGAUGCAGCUGGUGAUGUCCAAGCAAGCACUGAGUCAGCACGAGGACAAAGUUGGAUCUCUCACCCAACAGCUAGAGGCUGUGCAGAGCACCCAACAGCACAACCAUGAGGCAGACAAGGAGGGGGCCAAAAAUGUGGACGCUACUGACGUUGCCUUCGACUACGAGGUGGACAUAAAGAGCAAAGAAGUGCUGGAGGCACGUAUGCGCUCAGCCAAUGAAGAGCUUCUGAAGCUACGGGAUGAACUGUCUCAGGCGGGCACUCGCUACAACAGCCUGGAGCAACGAUACAAGCAUGAGAAGGACCGUUGGCGAUCGGAGGCCCAGGAACUGGCUGACAAGAUUCGCCAAUGCAUCAAGUCCAGCAGGCAGGACCAGGAGCGGAUCAGUGAACUGGAGGUUGAGAUCGGAGCCACACGCAAAGUGGCCAGCGAUUCCGAAGGCCAUCUGAGUGUGGCUCAGGAAGAGCUGGUGGCCUUUUCUGAGGAGCUGUCCAACCUCUAUCACCACAUCUGUGUGUGCAACAACUUGACACCUAAACGUGUCACCCUGGACUAUUACCGUGAAAGCGCCAGGGCACACGGUGGAACUGGUGCGAGAAGGCCGCUUCAUAUCUCCACCCCGCCGAACUCUCAGAAGAAGCCACGAGCCAAUGACACGUUCAUUUCCAAAGCUGCGGCUUUACAGUUUAUGGGGGAGGUGGACAGUUCAGGAGCCUCUGUAGACUCUCCGAGUUGCCCCGGAUCUUCUAACCUAGAUUUCAGGGACCCCUCCAAUGUCCGCAACUUGGUAGCAGUCAUCAGAUGCCAGAUCAAACACCUCAGGGUGGCAGUGGAUCUCUGUCGUCAGCGCGGUGCUAUGCCUUACUCGGGGCUAAGUAGCAGUGUGGAGAUGGAGAGGGAUGCUGAAAGCCUGCUGGAGGAAGUACUAAAACUUAAGUCCCUUCUUAGCACCAAGAGCGAACAGAUUGCUACUCUCAGAACUGUUCUUAAGGCCAACAAACAGACUGCUGAGUUGGCUUUGUCCAAUUUAAAAACCAAGUAUGAGACAGAGAAGAGCAUGGUGUCAGAAACCAUGAUGAAACUACGCAAUGAACUAAAAGCAUUGAAAGAAGAUGCUGCCACCUUCUCUUCACUCCGGGUCAUGUUUGCUAGUCGGUGCGACCAGUACGUCACCCAGCUGGAUGAAAUGCAGAGGCAGCUGGCAGCUGCCGAGGAUGAGAAGAAGACACUCAAUUCCUUGCUGCGCAUGGCCAUCCAGCAGAAACUGGCUCUCACUCAGCACUUGGAGGAUCUGGAGGCCCCGCUGUCUCCUCACAGCUUGAACAGCAGCCCUCGCCGUUCCAGAGCCAAGGAGCUGGCCACCAAGUCAGGACGAGCAACACGGAGUCCCAGAGACAGUCCGGCGCGUCUGCCCGUGAGGAGCAGCCCGCGCGCUAGUCCCGUUCUCAGGAGGAGCGUUCCUGCCAUGGCCACGCACCACUUGCAAGCUCUCACACGAAGCCUCCACACAAGCCCCCGCUGAAACACUCCAUUACUCCAAACCCUCUCUUCUCCACAAGGACCCGUCUUCAUGUUGACUCCCUGGUUCCCUCAUCCCCACCUGACUCGAGACAUCCUGUUCAUCCCAGAUGUGCUACUGCAUUCCCCACUCUUCCACCGUCUACCCGAAAAGAUGGAUUUUUAAAAAGUAAAAUACAGCUCUCAUCCGACUCGCUUGCAUGCAGCCUGGAGAAGGAUGAAGAGAAACAUGUGCUGCUUAUUGUUAUUAUUAUGUGAAGUCAUUGACUGUGUCUUGUCCUACGUGGUUCCAACUUCCAUCUGGUCUUGUUUAUUAAGGCUGUGUGUUGUGAGUUACCAUUGGCAGUAUUUAUUCCAUUAAUCUACUGUGUUUACUGUCCUUCCAUGCAAGACAAAAUCUCUUGAUGAGACUUGUGUCUCUGCAAUCUUGCCUUUAGCUCAUCCUUGUGACCCCCCCCCUGCCCACAGUUAAUGUGUUUUACAGAGCAAUGCAGCCUUACUGACACUAUUGUUUUCCUACAAGUUGCUAGCUUGUUAUUUGUCUUGGGGCUCCUUCACUGUACAAGCGUUACAGUCACAUUUUAAAAAUGUGCUUGGUCACGCAGCUGUGGCCUGACCUACACAUCUUUUAACUAGUUGUCAGCAAACACUCAUUCUUGAAUAUAGAGAGCCAUAAGUUAGCCACCUCAGGUAAAAACAACAACAACAGUAUUUGUUAUACAUGAUAAGGAAAAUGUUAGAUGUGCAUCUUACACAGACAGUCUGCUUUUCAGGAGGAAUCUAAAAUGCACUGUUUCUGGUAAAAGCUUGUUUCUCGCAGUCAUGAAGUAUCUCCUCUCUUGUCUCAAGUGCAAGCUUCCUCUUUCUUGACUGUCUUCGUACAGCUCAUUGGAGCAAAUGUGCUCUUUUCUCUACUCCUAAUUUGACUGUAUAGUCUCACAUCUGCCUUUUCUCCCGCCUCUGAGCAGCCAAGAUGUCUUUUGUGUGCAUUCAAAGUAGAUGUGAUGUCACAAUCUUGGAUUAGCACCUUCGUUUCCAUCCGCUAUGACUAUGCCAAGCCCUCUUGACAUUUAACAGCUCGACAGGAUAUGUGUUGCAGAUAUCAGAUACUGUAUCUGUAAUUCAUUUUUGCCUAGUCAAAAGGAAGUUUUUUGAUAUGAAAAUAACAUAUACCUGCAACAGAAUUGUAGGUUUCUGUAACUCCAGUUUCAGAUAUUUACAAUUUGAUUCUGACUAGUCAUGAUUCUAGUUGAAGAAAUAUUGAAUUCAUGUCAAUUCAACAUAUUUACAUGUCCCUUUUCAGACAUCUCCAAUCAACUUUUAAAUAGUCGAUAUUCAGUUGCAGAUCUCUGUAUGUCGCUAGCAGAUCUCUGCAACUGAAUUGUAGAUCUCUGGAAUGACAAAUCCCAAACACAUGAAUGUCAAAUGUGACAUAAUUUGUCAAUAUUAUGUCGCAGAUGUCUGUAUUUCAGUUUUGACUAGGCAAAACUGAACUACAGAUACUGUAUCUUUCUAUCUGUCAUUUCGACCACGCAAUUACUUUAUGAAAAUCUUGAAUCAAAAUUCUAGGUAUUCAGUUUGUCGUUACAACUAGUCAGAAAGACAUUGUUGAUUCCUGAUAGUCGAACUUAGCUUUUAAUUAUAGAAUCCACUUGCCAUAUUACGACAUCCGUUAUUUUCUCAUCAUUAUGCUGAACAAGCUGCUGACAGUUCUCAAGCUGGCAAGUUUUGUCCAAAGUUUAGUGCAGCGCAGUAGUACAGCUUGUAUUACUUUUAAAAUGGUAAAUACAUGGAAGAAAACAAAAACAUAAAUGUUACUUUAUUGGCUCAAGCUCAAAGAGCACAAGCCUUGUACCGCAUAGAAAGGAUGAUAUAAUGCAGUAAAACUCAAUAGGUAGGCAUACAUUAAAUGAUGAUGAGACAUCACAUUUAUUCACAUGGGAAGGUUUUUUUAAAUGGCUUUUAGAACUAAAAUUGAGUGCAAGGACUUAAAUGUAAGGCCUGGCAAUGGUCAGAGAGGCCACCUCCUUUUGAUUUGUUUGAAAACGUGUUUCUGUGCCUUUUGUUUUGAUCUUGUCUGCUGUUUUAGACUACUGUUUGUUCCUUUGUUUUCUUUCAGCGUGUCACUGGAGUUUAUUAAUCUUUUGUGUCCUUUCUUCCUUUUAAACCCAGUGUGAAAUUAAUACCACAUGCUCCACAAGAACAUACAACAACUGCUAUGUGAAUGGCAAGAUUGGUACAUAUCAAAACUUUCACCAGUGGGAUUUUUUGUUUUUGUUAAACUACUGCACCGCUGCCAUCAUUGCACUAGGGCUGAAUAACUUGGGAAAAUAAUCAAAUUAAGAUUCUGGAAGCUUUUAGGCUGAUAUGAUUGUCCAUAUAGUGGCAAAACAGCAAGCAAGUUCAAGUUCGCCACAUUUGUUGUCACAUCAGCACUCAUCUACGCAGGUGGUAAAUGACCUUGCCUGACAUAAGCACAUGAACCCAACAGUCUUUGUUAUUGUUGCACUUGCAGAUUUAGACUAGCGUCCUUCAAUGUAAUUAUUCAACACCUCUUGUCAUCACCCCAAUCCCCAUGAUGUUGGAAACAGUGAGCGUUGUCACUGAAUAUAGUGGGAUUGAAUAUUUUCACUUUUCACCACUUAGCUUUGGGCGCAUUGUUGCUGUCAAGGCAAUGAGUGAUUAAAUUAAUUAUCUCUAUUUAUAUAUUUUUAAUCUGUUAUGAUCGUGGUUGAUUGCACAAAAUUAAGAACAAAGACAUUGGAAGCAUUUUAGGUCCAAUGUAAAGAUAUUUGCUUCAAGGAGGGACUCAAUUGUAUCAAACUGUGCUGUCCGUCGUUAAAAGGUGAAAAUAUUUGAUGAGAAUGUUCAUACUUUAGAAGGUUAGAAAUGAAUUACUUCAUCUAUUUCAUUCAAAUGGUGAAAUUUAAUUUCGUUUGUGUACAUAUUUUAAAACUGUAUUUAUGUGGUCUGCUUUCUGUAUAAAUUGCUCAAGUACAUGUCAUGCACACACUCCCGCAUACGAUUUAUAGGUAUGCCAGUUCCUUUCAUUCUGCAAACCAGAAUAAACGAAACCAACACUGUAGAAAAAGUGGAUUAUUUGUAUAAAUGUGGCAUAAAAUAACAUUCUGUAGUCAUUGAGAAGAAAGUCUUCUUCAUACAUAAACAUAUAUCAUUUG